CCAUGUCACUGUGACAGACAACACUUUGUGCAAAUGCUGUGUUAUAAUUGUUUAUUAUCUCACGAAUCGGUUUUUUAAAGCACCCAAUCCAAGCACCAGGUCUCGAGCGAAGCGAGUCGAGGACGCCACCGCCCACGGUACCGUCUGCCACGAAUGUGAAGAGGUGUCUUCGGAGCUGCUUUGUGUCAUUUGAGGGUCGCGAAAGUACCUCGUGCAGUUUUUUUUUCAAACAGUUGUACAUUCAACGACUCCAAAAUUCCGGUACCGACGAGAAAUAAGGACCAUACCGGCCAUCACGGUAACGGUGAGAUGAACAAGAGGAAAAACAGGGGAGGGCCGCUGAGGACCCAGAGGACUAGAUCAGUGAUGCCGGAAGGUGUUUACAACAAUGCACAUUUUAUGCAUUCUGCGACUUUACAAAUCGGAAAUGUUGUUCGUAUAAAAACGGCUUCCGGUGUAGUAUGGGAAGGCGUAUUUAAGACAUUUUCGAGCAACUUUGAUGUCGUCCUCGAGGUGGCGGCAAAAGUCGACAAUCCGAACAGCCCGACUCAAACCCUAUUGGCGGAUAGUUUCGUUGACAAAUUAAUUUUUAAAUCGGGCGACAUAUCAACGAUGGAAGCACGCGACGUUGACUUGGAAUACCCCACCAAGGACACGUUUCAGACCGAUACGGCAAUUUCAGCACGUCUCAAUGGCAAUUCGAAUAAAGAAGAGAAAGAAUUAGAACCAUGGGAACCCUCAUCGGGGAUCAAUGGCGGCGAUAAUAUACCACUAGAAUUGGAAAAUGCGAACGGUUGGGACGCCAAUGACAUGUUUAGGAAAAACGAGCAAGAAUAUGGCGUCACGAGUACAUUUGACCAAUCAUUGAAGGGCUAUACUGUCCCUUUACGGAGCGCUGAUACGGCCGAUUAUCGCGAAGCUGAAGCAAAAGCGGCCCAAAUCGCCAACGAAAUCGAGAAUCAGCCCCAAUACAAGGCCCGUCUUGAGCUAGAAAACGGCGACGAAGAGGCCGCUUUUGCUGCUGUGGUUCGUCCAAAUCAAGAACCCAACGAUAAGUACAUCCCACCAGCGAAACGAAAGAAUCAAAAUUCGGGAAAAUUAGUACGUAGUACGCCUCCACCGUCAUCACAAGGCCCCUCCCCUAAAGGCAACGCUCCGCCUCCUAUGCCCUACCCGAACAACGUCCAUGCGAUGCACAUCCCCCCACCACCCAUGCAUCCAAUGCCGAAUCACGGCCGACCUUCGCAUACGCCCCCUCAUGGCGGUUAUAACCAACAAAUGCGACCUCCAAUGAAUAAAACACAGAUGAAUGGUGAGACGAAACCGAGACCACGUGGACCGUAUCAACAACAACAAGCACCGCCUCCGCCACCACCAUCACAACAACAACAACAACAACAACAUCAAAGAGAUGAUGCGAUGAAGGAUUUACAUUCGUUUGCUCAGGAUUUCAAGUUGCCGCCACCAGUGCCGCCUAAUGAACAACCGCCGCCACCACCUAAUCUACAAGGACAAGUGCCUAUGGAACAGAUGGCGGCGGCGGUGCCGCCUCCACAACAACAGGUUAAACCGCCGCCGCAACAACCGACACCACCACAACAAAGUAUAUCGCCACCACAACAACAACAACAACAGGAUCCGGUGGAGAAGGUGACGAAUACGUUCAAGAAGAGUACAUUGAAUCCUAAUGCCAAGGAGUUUGUGCUUAAUCCAGCGGCGAAACCGUUCCAACCACGUUCUCCGAGUACGCCGUCUGCGAGCCGGCCUCACACCCCUCAAACCCCCUCCCACAGCCCUUACAUCCCAGCGACGGUGAGCGGUCCCGUAGGUCAGCCCCACAUGCCCGUCAUGAUGCCCGUUGGCUACAUGAUGACCAGCCAGCCUCAAUACCAGCCCCCGCCACAAGGUAGCCGAGUCCGUAAAAUUCCGAUGAGUCAAAUGCGUACCGACGUCACCAGUCAAAUGCAAGUCGCCGCUGCAACAGGUCAACCACUUCUCGCUCCGCCCAUUCAACAGUUUGUUUAUCCACCGGGCAUGAAUCCGCAAGGAUAUCAUCAAAUGCACGCCCUUCGGAUGUACGAAACCCCGCCCCAAAUUCAAUACCUCCCACCCAAUCCUUCGAAUACGCCCUCGCCGGCCCAACCGCCGCAAUAUACACCCGGACAGGGCCCACAACCGCCGCCUCAACAGUAUCAAGCACCGCCUCCUCAAAGUCAUCCCCAAUUCCCGCCCCUCAUGUGUUCCAUACUUCAUACUCAGCCUCACAUGAUGCAAAAUAUGCAGUACCUGCAACAAGCUCCGCCUCCGCAACACCCAAUUCCGGUCAUGCUACCCCCACAACACCCACAAGCGCAACAGCAUGGGCCGGCCCCUUAGCGGUAAUCCACGUGUUGUCUUUUAGGUAAUUUUCAUUGGUCCUUAAUCCCUCCCACUCCUUAUUCCCGGAAACUUUAGGUUGUUUUUUUGUUUUUUUGGUUGGUAACACCCAUACCUACGAAUGACUGUUACAGACGGAGUCGGUCUUAAAAUUCCCCAUUUUUUUUUUUACUACUUUUAGGUAAUAAAGUAUCUAUGACAAGUAAAAAAUUUAACUAUCAUGUUGGUAGCAGUAAAUCGAUCGAGUUUUGUUUAAAAUUUGUUUAUUUUUCAUUUGUUUCUACACUAUACAACUUGACUGUUUUUAAUAUAUCAAGCUUCAAUUUAUAUUUUUUUUACAAAUUAAUUUUAUUUAUUAUUGUUUGUAUGAAAGUGUACAGCGUGUGGCAGGUUAAAUGGUGUAAGGUACAGCGCGCGACAUAAGUAAAGUCACCCAUUUGAUCUGUCAACUUUUAUCCUAGAGCUUGUAUAUUGACAAUGGUCUCUCAUGACGUCAUUCAUUGAAAAAAAAACUUGCUUCACUCGUCUGUAAUCCGGUUAUUUUUUUAUU